AUGUCCAAACGAAAAUCCAGCAGCGAUGCGCCUCUACCGCGCAAGAAGGCCAAAUUAGCCCCGGUCCAUGAUUUCGAAGAACACGAGACUCCCGCAGCGCCAUCGCCGCCAUCGUCGCAAACGAUUCCCUCGCGGCAUGAAAAACGCAAGAGGACGGACCAUUUACUCAUUGAUUCCGACGACGAGCCGAGUGCGAAGCGGGCCAGAAUAGACCGGAGCUCAAACGACGCCACAAGCUGUGUACGAAGCUCAUCUCCAGAGCCAUGGCCGAGCAUUGGAUAUGCACCGGAAGAAGAAAAGGAACAGAACCCCUUGGUGGAAGAAUUCUACAAAUCAUGCACAGAGACAGAGGUGGCAUGCGGCUGCCAAACACAAACGAUGUAUCGGAAUCCACUGCCCAGCCCGGAGCCUUCAGAAAGAGACACCAGCGACAUCGAAGCGAUCGAGCAAACAAGCACUCAUAACACUCAUCAGAUGCAAUGUCCUGUAUCGCAGCGACAACCAUUGUCUCCACCCACCAUCAGUUCGCCUAGGAAGAAAAAUCGAAGUUCGCGUCGGCGAAUCGAAAGACGCAGUCCGGCAUCAUCCCAUCAAGAACAGCCCCGACAGCAACGACGCAAGAAGAAUGAUGAAAAACAGGGUCCGCAACGAGAUGGAAAACCCACACCCACAGUCGAAGAAUUUCUGCAGUCAAAGCGAUCAUCCCGGCGAGACUCCAAGUGCGAGUUGUGGUAUCUAGGCGACAAUGGCACGGCAAGCGCAGUUAGAAGCAUCAGGCGGUGA